AGCAGCGAGGGACAGAGGAUUAGCUCAAAUGAAUGUUAAUUAUUGAAACUUCUCUCCCUUUUAUUUUAUCUGAAGAGGGGUCCAGGUUCCUACCAGAGUGGUCAAGGUUCCACCCGAACUCACUGGGCCAACGGGCUUCGGCGAGCCCAUCAUAUGGACUUUCUUAAUGAACCUCGUUUACGCUAAUGCUUCUGCUUGUUUGUCUCAAAGAAUGUUAGGGGCCUUCCCUCGGCUUUUAUCCGAACAAAAAAAAAGGGAAAAAAAAACGGAGAAAAAAAGACUGGUGUAGUCUUGAGCAUGACUUAUGUCCUGUUUAACUUUCCGUUUAUUUGUAUCUUUCUUUCUUUACAGCACGAUUUCGUUUCUUAUGCUACGCUUCUUGCUGGAUUGUUUUGAUUAUUUCUAUGCCUUUUUUAAAAAAAAUAUGUAUGACUAUUUCUAUGAAUCCGAUUUAUCUUGCGUUAUCUCAGAUUUGCUUCUUUAGAGAGGGAAUCCACGGCUUUGGUCUGAGGAUUCUGGGCUUCUUCAGCUGGGCCCCUGGCCCGGUCUGCUGUCCAACCCACCUCUAUCAAGGGUUCAGCAGUAACUCGGUGCACCGUGGCUCAAAAUGAUGAGAACAGCUCGGUCGGCGGCGAGUUCGCGAAGAUUCCAGCCUUCUGCCUUUUGGAGAAAUUAAAAAGGAAAAUAAUCUUGAUUGCCCUGUUGCUCAGUGCAUCAAGCGAUUACGGAUCUUACAGUCGUCUCCUUCACGGUCUGGAUUUACUGGGUUCUCGUUUCUCUAAUCCUUAAAACCCCUCGACAGGCCGCGGCUUGAUGGCCUCAGUCCUUGUCAUUUCCUUCUUGAUACCUGAUAAGCUCUCCCUCCCCUUCCCCAAAGGCUAUCUCUUGCUCUUUGUAUCACUUCGCAAUGUAUCGGGCGGCAGCUGCGAUCGCUUCUUCCAUGAUCAGAGUUUCUUCCCCCAAGACACAGAUCUGGAGCGGUAGGAUUCUAUCUGCAAGGAGCUAUGCUGCCAAGGACAUUGAUUUCGGGGUCGGAGCUCGGGCUGCCAUCCUGCAGGGCGUUCAUGAGCUCGCCGAGGCCGUCAAGGUCACCAUGGGUCCCAAGGGUCGCAACGUAGUUAUUGAGAAAAGCCGUGGAGAUCCCAAAGUCACAAAAGAUGGUGUGACAGUUGCAAAAAGUAUUGAGUUUAAGGAAAGGGCAAAAAAUGUGGGUGCGAAUCUUGUCAAGCAAGUUGCGAAAGCUACUAACACUGCUGCAGGAGAUGGUACGACCUGCGCAACUGUUCUAACUCAAGCAAUACUCACUGAAGGUUGUAAGGCUGUGGCAUCUGGAGUUAAUGUUAUGGACUUGCGCAAUGGUAUAAAUAUGGCUGUAGAUGCUGUUAUAUCUCAUUUAAGAAGUAAAGCCUGGAUGAUUAGUACUCCUGAAGAAAUAACUCAGGUAGCUACCAUUUCUGCAAAUAAUGAAAGAGAGAUUGGGGAGUUGAUUGCUAGAGCAAUGGAGAAAGUUGGGAAAGAAGGGAUUAUCACUGUCACUGAUGGAAAUACAUUAUACAAUGAGCUCGAAGUGGUGGAGGGAAUGAAAUUAGCCAGGGGUUAUAUAUCUCCCUAUUUCAUCACUGAUGAGAAGACCCAAAAAUGUGAACUAGAAAAUCCACUGAUCCUUAUCCAUGAUAAGAAGAUCUCAGACAUGAAUUCUCUCGUCCGAAUAUUGGAGCUUGCUCUAAAGAAAAAUAGAUCCCUUCUAAUUGUGGCAGAGGAUGUAGAAAGCGAUGCUCUAGCAAUGCUGGUACUAAAUAAGCAUCGUGCUGGAGUCAAGGUUUGUGCCAUAAAAGCUCCUGGUUUUGGGGAAAACAGAAGAGCAAAUCUGGAGGAUCUUGCCAUACUUACAGGAGGAGAGGUUAUUACUGAAGAUCAUGGUUGGAACCUUGAGAAAGUCCAAUUAGAGAUGCUUGGUACUGCUAAGAAGGUCACUGUCUCUCUUGACGAUACUAUUGUUCUACAUGGUGGUGGUGACAAGAAGCUAAUUGAAGAAAGGUGUGAGCAGCUUAGAACGGCCAUUGAGAAGAGUACAGCCAUGUUUGACAAGGAGAAAGCACAAGAAAGAUUAUCCAAGCUAUCUGGAGGUGUUGCUGUUCUCAAGAUUGGUGGAGCUAGUGAGGCUGAAGUUGGCGAGAGAAAGGAUAAAGUAACUGACGCUCUGAAUGCUUCACGAGCUGCUGUGGAAGAGGGUAUUGUGCCAGGUGGUGGAGUUGCCCUUUUAUAUGCGACGAGGGAGUUGGACAGAAUUCAAACUUCUAAUGGCAAUGAGAAGAUAGGAGUUCAAAUCAUCAAAAAUGCUCUAAAGGCACCUACAUUCACUAUUGCUACAAAUGCUGGUGUUGAUGGUGCUGUAAUUAUUGGCAAACUACUUGAACAAGAGAAUCUUAAUUUGGGCUAUGAUGCUGCCAAAGGUGAAUAUGUUGACAUGGUGAAGUCUGGAAUUAUCGAUCCUCUAAAAGUCAUAAGAACUGCUCUGGUAGAUGCUGCUAGCGUCUCAGUAUUGUUGACAACCACUGAAGCAGCAGUCGUGGAGCUUGCUGAAGCAAAACGCCCACGAGCAAGUCGCAUGCCAGAAAUGGAUGAUAUGGAUUAUUGAUGGGAUAAAUAUCUGUAGUAGAUAUAUACCAAAGGAACAAGGAAGCAAAAUAACUGCAACACUGAGUUUUAUAGGGGAGGCUAGUCAAUGACAUGACUUAUUUUUUGGAAGUGAGGUUGUUCAUUUGAUCUAAUCGUAUGGGUGAGAGUUCUGCAUCUCUAUUGAGUUAUUGAAGCUGAGUGGAUAUUCUGUCAUGAUGGCAUACUUUUGCCCUCAUUGUUGUAAAACUGUUUAUUGACAAUUUUUGAUGAAAAUUUUUUUUAGUGCUGAUCCUACGAUCGCAUGCAAAA